AUGAAACUUCUUCUACGUUUCCUUCUGCUUUUCCUGUGCGCGGAGAAACAAAAAAUAUAUUCCGAGGUGGUUUUGGACUACAGCAAGUGUCAGAAAUUCUUCUAUAAAAGCGCUCCCCCUAAAAUCGGUUUUCUAAACCAACCUGAAUUAGACUUGGCGGGUAUUUGUCAAAAAUUGGGGAACGUAUAUCACUUCGCUACCCUCUACAGCAAGUAUUGGAGAAUCCCUAUGUACAGCGCUUAUGAGUUACAAGAUCCACAAAAUUGGCGUCCCGGACCGAGCGGAGAGAUCGUCGUCACAAAAGAGUGUACCAGCGUGCAGAAAAGUCGUGGAACAUGGUUUAUUGAACCACAGGUACAUUUCAGCUAGAUUCAUGUCCUCGUAAACCAUUCACAUAUCCAUAUAGGCAACAUACAAUCACGAAUCUGUAGCAUGGGAUGGUGUGUGUGUGGGUGGGGGGGGGGAAGGUGGAGGGGGUCGCAUCACGCGAAGAAGACCAGUCAUUUCACCUUUCACUUGUAAGUUGAAAAUUGAAAAACACGUUUUUAUCACCGUCUAGAUCGAUAGAAAAGUCGAUAAUUUUACGUCAUUGGCAAUUCACGAAUCGCAAAAUACCCUUCAUCCAUCAGAUUGUCAAAUUAUUUAAAGGCACGUUCGGACGGGUCAUCUAGUGCCCAAACGAUGGCUCCACUGAUAAUGUCAAAAUGUGAUAAGCUAUUGUUCGGGCACAAACUAUAGAGUAUAACUAUAUGCACACUAUUUGAACUUGAGUACCGAAUCAAUCUCACCAUAAUACCUAUAUUUACAUUCGAUGUUUGUUCGGUAGAAUUUCGGAAGUAAUCGACGGAUGUUGUUACUGUACGUUUAGCAUAUUCUAUGGUAUAAUCGGGACUUCCUAUACUAGGACGUCCGUCUUAGAGCAAGCGAAGUAUUUUAACGACAGCAAUUACUUUCCGCAUUUUAGCAAAAUUUGGAUUUUAGAAUUAAUCCUUCAGUUUUGUACAUUCCUCCAAUCAGCAAUCCUGUUUCCACGGAGUUGCAUUGUUGAACUGACGUUUAAUAAAUGCAGCAGAGAAUUGCGUUGUUUUCUUCAUAUUUCAUAUGUUGGAUCCAAGGAUCAGGGUGGUAUGGCCUCUUAGCUUUCGCAAGCAACAUCUUUUUGACCAUGAUGAAAUAAAAUGUUUGGCCAUGGUGAAAUAAAUGUCUGGUAUAUGUUAUAUAUAUAUAUAUAUAUUGACCACAUUUCUGAGAUGUUAUGAUCUUGGUUAUCCUCAGAGUAUGUUCUUGUCAAUCCAAUCUCUCCAGCUUCUUCAAGGGUAGGGAGCAGUAGCGGACAAUAAUUUUGAAAGACUGUAAAAAUCUUGUACCAAAUAACACAAAUCACACUCAUAUAACGUAAUUGCCAUCAUAAUGUAAUAGUAUAUGUUUCUGUACUGUACAUGUCACAACAUACGCAUUUUAUACAUUCGUUUUGACGGAUACUAGGAGUCAAAUUUUUCCAACAGGCACUUCUUUUUCAUAGUCGAUUUUUUGUUGUUUGAAACAGCGAAAUUUCCUGCUGCACAAUAAUAUUUGAAUGCAUAUUAAACUAUAAUUAUGCUCAAAAACAAUGGAUAAUUCAAUUAACAUUCCAAUUUUAAGUUCACAAAAACAAAAGCGUGCACAGCAAAUAAAUUUCACUCACUUAGCGAAUAAAUUUUUACAUUGUCAUUGGCGUGUUAAUUAAAUUAAACCACCUUGCAAUUCCAUUCACAAAUGUAAAUAAUGAUGUAAAUAUUUUCUCUGAAAUGUUAGUUUUCUAUGCUUAGCAUGUGAUCUAUAACAAAACGCAUCAUUAAAAAACGUGUUUUGAAAACCUAGUUUUUUACAAAAUGUGUUCUCAGAAUGCUGCAAAUGCCAUUUCUGGGACUCAAAUUUUAAAAUUUUCCCCUGCCUUUGGCACGAGCCCCCCCCCCCAAUAUUUCGUAAAGUGUCCGCCACUGGUAGGGAGUCGAUUCCAGCCACCUUUAAACAUCUGUCUCAACAGUUCCAUCCAACAUCAAUCAUCAUACACUCGAAAUUUCAAAAAAUUCACAACAUCCAAUUUACACUCGACAUUUCGAUCUACAAAAGCAAUGAAAUUAUUCUUCUUAAUAUUGCGAGACAAAUUAAUUAAGAGAAAAAUUGCAUAAAAUAACGGCAUCGUACCACAUGUGAUCUUGUGAAUAUAUUUAUAUAUUAAUUUAGCGAAACAUUUGGAGGGAAAUUAAUCCUUGGAAUACAAAAAUAAUUUCCACUUUUAUCUAAGGCCAGCAUGCAAGUAAAAAAAUGGUAGUUUUUCGUCCCCGCUCGCAUCCUUUUCCCUGCCGCAUGGAUUUUUCCUUUUUUUAAAUUUUUAUAUUCGAGCCUUUCAAAGAAUUUCCACUUAGUGUAUUUCGACUAUUUUGCUCCUUUCGGCAUAGUUCGGUUGCCGUUUGGAAGUUUUCGUCAACUCUCGCUUGCUGUUCCGUAUUUUGGAUUUUUGGUGCCAUAUUGCAUUAGUAGCUGUUUGUCGACACUUUAAUAUAUUUACGUUUUAUGAGUAAAUUUCAAUAUUUGCUUGUGUUUAUAGGUAGUGGCGGAAAUUCAUUUUUUUCGGGGGGGGGGAAGCAAAGCCUUCUAAAUUUCCGACAAAACUUUCAAUUUUCCGACAAACCCCUCCAGUCGCCCCCACCCCCCGCCCCACCAAGAUUUCCGCCACUGUUUAUAGGUUAUUACUGGGUAAACUUUAAGAGCAAUAUUUGAAGGUUUAACAAAAAAAAAGAAAAAAAGCGCGCGCAUUCUCCUUUUUUUUCAAAAUUCGGACGAGAAACCACCAAUUUUUUUUACUUGGCCUAAAUUACUUUUUUCCCAAUAUUUCCACUAUGGGGGUUGUUAACGUAGCCAUAAAAAUACUGAAAUCCACCUCCACCUGAAAUUGGCGACGCAAAGUAAAUUACUAGACUUGCCCACAAGACUUUGGAAAAGUCUAAGUAAAUGCCAUAAUCGUUGAAGAUACUAGUAUCACUACUCAGGAAAAAUUGAAGUUGGAUGAAGGUGUAUGAAGUUCCAAAUAUUCCAUAUAAUAUUUCAAAUCUAGAUAACAUUCGAUUACGUCUUAAAUUGUACCGAACAAACAUCGAAUCUAAAUAUUUAUGUAUUUAUGUAGAAACUUUCAUCUAGUAAAUUAUAAACAACAUAUGAAUACAUAUAUAUAUGAAUAUACAUAUAUCAUAUAAUAAUAUAUAUAAUUAUUAUCCAUAGUUAUCGGGGGGAAAUCGGCCUGAUAACAUGGCAACAGCACUAGGCGAGAGUGACAUUUUCAAGAUUAACCAAGCCAUUGAAGUGGACUAUAGUAACACUGGUUUUGAUAGGGGUCACCUAAAUCCCGCCUCUUACAACUGUGACCUAGAUCGGGAAGCCACAUUUACCCUUACAAACGCUGUUCCUCAAAACCCCUGCUUUAACGAACAGACAUGGAAGAUAUUGGAGCAAACUGCAAGAACAGCGAUGAGAAAAUUGUGUAAUUUCCCUGGUGCCAAGCGAUAUUUUGUCACCGGAACAGUGCCACAAAAUAGAAUGAUUCCAAAUAAAGAACACGAUGCCGAAUCUGAUCGUAUUAGGCAAUUCAAUCGAGUCAGUGUACCCAGUCACUUGUGGACUGCAGCUUGCUGUGAUUCUAGUCAAGCGAGUGAUCCAACCAAAAGGGCCAACGGAUUUUCGAUUGCUUACUAUGGUGAAAAUAAAGCAUAUUCUUCCCCCAAAAGCAGCAAUGUACCUGAUCUAGAGGGAUGGCUAACUCGUCAGUAUACUGAGAUCAAAAACAUUAAAAUUUUUGCGGACGACUGCUUUAAAGAUUCCGCAAAUUCCAUCAUCGCAACGGGGAUGUUAGAAAAGGUAAUAGGUAUUCAGGGAAAAAAUGCAGAGUCAAGCGCAAGCUCCAUGAAACCAUCCACUCUUCCACCUAAAAAAAGACCAUGA